UAUUUCGAAUCCUUUCAAAUAUCUGAAGGAGAGGCUCUUUUUGUUAUCAUGUCACUAUAAAAACGCACCUCCUUCAAGAAUUAGCAACACUUUUCAUCGAUACAUCCUACCCGAGGGUCCUGGUUAAAUCGUGCUAUGAUGGAAAGCUACACUAUUCUCUCGCUUCUUCUCUGCCUCGGUGUGGCAAGCGCCUACUCAAAUUUUGAUGUGCGGCUUGUCGGGACAGGUAGCAACGAGUGGAUGGGACGGGUAGAGGUCUUCUACAACGGAGAAUGGGGGACAGUUUGCGACGAUUACUGGGGUUUGGAAGACGCUAAGGUGGUCUGCAGACAGUUGGGCUACACUGGCGGUGCUUCUGGCUUUACGAUAGGGGCAGAAUUCGGCCAAGGCUCAGAAAAGAUCUUCCUCGACGACGUGAGAUGUGACGGCACUGAGAAUCGAAUCACCAACUGUACUUACCUUUUGAAUACUGUUGGGGGAACCAAUUGUCGCCAUUCCGAGGAUUCAGGAGUGAAAUGCCAAGGUCCUCGAAGUACAGAUGAAGUUGUUCCAGCUGUAGUUGUUCCAGCUGUAGUUGUUCCAGCUGUAGUUGUUCCAGCUGUAGUUGUUCCAGAUGUAGUUGUUCGAGAUGGAGAUGUGCGACUUGCCGGAGCAGGCAGCUCCGCCAAUCAAGGUCGAGUCGAGGUCUAUGACAAUGGACAAUGGGGAACAGUAUGCAACGAUCUUUGGGAUAUUCGGAACGCUCUUGUAGUGUGCAGACAGUUGGGCUUCCGUGGAGCUACUUCGUCACGGGACCAGUUCGGCCAAGGCACAGGCCCUAUUCUUCUGGACAAUGUGGAGUGUGGAGGCGACGAAACUUCAAUCAUGGAAUGUCGGAAAAACCCUAUCAGGAGUCACAAUUGCUAUCAUCAUGAGGAUGCUGGAGUGAUAUGUAGCGAUGCCAUUUUAGUGCGACUUGUCGGACCAGGUAGCUCCGCCAAUCAAGGUCGAGUCGAGGUCUAUGCCAAUGGACGAUGGGGAACAGUAUGCCACGAUCUUUGGGAUAUUCAGAACGCUAAUGUAGUGUGCAGACAGUUGGGCUUCCCUCGAGCUACUGCCGCCACGUCAGGGGCCCGGUUCGGCCAAGGCACAGGCCCUAUUCUUCUGGACAAUGUGGAGUGUGAAGGCGACGAAACUUCAAUCAUGGAAUGUCGGAAGAACGCUAUCGAGAGUCACAAUUGCUAUCAUCGUGAGGAUGCUGGAGUGAUAUGUCAAGAUGACAAAAAACGCCAAUUGGAGGAUGUGGAGUUCUAUCUUAAAAAAGAAGAACAGAUGGCUGCUGCACCAGUAUCCGAUGGCAAAACUGAUGAUGACUUGAAGACGAAAGAUAUCCUCCAGGCUCUAUCUGAUCUCCUGGCCGAACUCAAGGACAAAUAGAUGAUAUAAGGCAGCGGACACACUGAACUUGGGGCGGACUGGGAGCUAAGAUAUUAGAGGCUUUUUCUGCACGUUCGCUUGACCGUUAUUCAUUAACGCUUGGGUGAUGUCACUUCAUAUUAAAAGGUGGUAAUAGUGAUCGUUACAACGGAGUUGAAAAGGACCCUUUUGUGCAUACCUUCAAGAACAUUUCAACCACAAAUAGGGAAAACAUGAUCCCUUCUGCACAAGAGCUGGUACAAAGAUUAGGCUCUAGAUAUAAUCCUUGUGUUUAGAAGCCCCCCUCAGCUUGUUUUCGAGAAAGAAAAGAAAUAUAUGCUUUCACAUGUUUGUGAAAAAUAUCACCCCAUUUCAUCAAAUCAAAUUCCCUUUUUGCAAAUCCGCAAACAUUCCCACCAACUACUCAUUUUACUAUAAAUUUCCGACUAUCAUGUGCCACACACGAUGUCACUAAGAAGUGAUACCACCGCCGAGAGACUCGACACUUUGACAAAAGUUGCAUUCCUGUGCCGUCCCCUACCCCAUAAAUGACGAAUUUGCCUCAAGUUUACUAACCCUAGGUUUCUAACCACUGUGCUAAUUGCUUUAACCAAAACUUAAUUCCUUUGAAGAGAAACCAUCUUCAUUAGGCUUCGAUCAGAAAUGACGCGGCAUAAUCGGGUGGUUUUUCAUCAUGGCGCAAAAUGUAAUAAUCGUCACUUUUCUGUAUCUCAUAACAUUUAGCUCAGUAAAAACGCGCAGCAAUAUUUGUAACUUUUGCUGCGGUUUACUGUGUCAUAUCUGAACGAGAGAGUGUGAAAGAAAAGAUCAACGAUUCAGGAUUCUCAAUCCAUCUGGGGGGGGGGGGGGGGGGGGUCACGUGUCGCAAAACGUGCUAACAAGCUCCCCCGAAUAUCCCCAGUUCUUUCUCUCUCUCUCCCUCUUUCUUUCUCCAUUUUUUUUCAAACGUUCAUCUAAUAUACAAUUGUAUAAACACGGUUUUAUUAUGAUGAUAUUUUGCUAUAAAGAUAAUAUUAUUCGUUACUUUGUUUUUGUAGAGAUUCAUCUCAAACCGACAUGCUUAUAUAACUGAGCAAAGUUUCCUACCCUGUAUUUACGUAUAUACUCUUUCAUUAAAACAUGAUCUAUCUAUU